GUAGCAAUUUGACAAAGGACGUUAUCUUACCAAUAAAUAUAUAAUAUUUUAUUAUUCUAAAUCAAUAUAAAUACCCUUCGCUGAAUAUCUGAAACAUAGUCCGCACGGAUCGAUACAACUAAGCUACAAAAUAAAAAAAAAUGAAGACCUUCGUCGCGCUUUUUGCCCUAGUGGCAGUGGCCGUCGCUAACCCCCUGCCCUUGGUGCAGAUCAUCGUCAACGUUGAUGCUCCCGCCAACAAUAACCCUGUUUCCAUAGUCGAGGAAGAACCAGUCGUGGUCGGACCAAUUGUUUUGCCUACACCUACUCUGCCCGUCAUCCAGCCAGAGCCUCAUCCAGUGAUCAUAGUGGAGAACGCACCGGAAGUCGUACCUGAUCCUAUUAUUCUCCCCGAGCCUGUCCUUCCUGAGCUAGUACCUGAGCCCAUCGUACUUCCGGAGCCUACCCUUCCCGAGGUUGCCCCUGAACCUGUCGAAAUCCCCCAGCCCGUCCUUCCUGAGGUUGUACCCGAACCUGUCGUACUCCCCGCGCCUGUCUUCCCCAACAUUGUACCUCAACCUAUCGUUCUUCCCCAGCCCAUCCUUCCCGCUGUUAUCGCAAAUUAAAUACAAAACUCAAAAACCUGCACAUUAUGUUAUGGACUGAACCUUAAAAAUACACCAAGCAAUUGAUCAAUUUAAAAUUCAUUCAACUAAAGAACUUCCUCGAGCUAUCUAAUUAAUCAGGAAGUCUGUAUUUUAUAAUUAAAUAAAAAACAGUAUAUUUGCAAUAAAA